CAGGCGGCCAGCGCAGGUCUAGUUUCCGCGGUGGCGCGGCCCUGCGCGGCGAAAAUGGCGGCUUCCAGUUGGGCGCUCACGGCCUUGGUCUUGCUUUGUGCUUCUGACCUGCUGCUGCCGCUGCUGCUGCUGCCGCCUCCAGCCGACGCGGCUGAAGGCCCGGCUGGGACGCCCGGCGAGGCUACUCCACCCCCCCGGAAGAAGAAAAAGGAUAUUCGCGAUUACAAUGAUGCGGACAUGGCGAGACUCUUGGAACAGUGGGAGAAAGAUGAUGACAUAGAAGAAGGAGAUCUCCCAGAGCACAAAAGACCCUCAGCACCGAUUGACUUCUCAAAGAUAGAUCCAGGCAAGCCUGAAAGCAUAUUGAAAAUGACAAAGAAAGGGAAGACUCUCAUGAUGUUUGUUACUGUAUCAGGAAGCCCCACAGAGAAGGAGACGGAGGAAAUCACUAGCCUCUGGCAGGGCAGUCUUUUCAAUGCCAACUACGACGUCCAGAGGUUUAUUGUGGGAUCAGACCGGGCUAUCUUCAUGCUUCGUGAUGGGAGCUAUGCCUGGGAGAUCAAAGACUUUUUGGUCAGUCAAGACAGGUGUGCUGAAGUAACUCUGGAGGGACAGGUAUACCCUGGCAAAGGAGGAGGAAGCAAAGAGAAAAAUAAAACAAAGCAAGAGAAGAGCAAAAAGAAGAAGGAGAAAGAUCAGAAAUCUCAGGCGUCAAAGGAAAAUAACCGAGCUGGGAAUAAAAGAGAAGACCUAUGAUGGGGCAGCUGUGGUGCCCGGCAAAGGAGCAGAUGGGACACAGGGAGCCCUGCGAGGGCUCAUGGGGUGGGGACAGGCAUGGGAAACCGCACACUGGACGAAAUUCUAGUUUCUUCUAGAAAGGGUGUGCCACAUCACCAGUUUGUGGUUAAAAUAAGAAUUAGUAUUUGAAAGGCUUCAAGACAGACGACAGAGGUUUUCUAAUUAAUAUUGAACACUGACAAAUUAAUGUUUACUAUAAAACCACCUUAAAUGGAGACUUGACUGUGUUGCUUUUUCCCAUUUAAAUUUGGUGAGUCAUUGAUAUUACUGUGGACUUUCUGUCCUGAACAGGACAGAUACCAGCCCCCUCUUCAUUGUACCUGCUCUGGUUUUUUUCCCCAAAAGGAUACCAGUCUAAUCAGACAAGCUUUUAAAACUCUUAACUUAAUGGAGUAAGACAUCAUUUUCAUUACUAUAUUAUGUACAGAGCAUGUCUAGAUGUGAAACUAGAACAUGCUCUCGGAGCACUGCAGAGAGCUCUAAAGCCUAAAUAUGCAAUCAGGAGGCAUAGAUCUAAAAUCGAUGCAGAAAAUGUAGAGAAAAGAAAAUAAUGUAACUUGGGAAACCCUUAAUAUUAACCUCAGAUUUCUUUGACUUGGAUUCCUCUCAUCGGUUAAAGCAAACGCUUGACAUUUGGCAGUUUUUAUAUGGUCUGCAAAGUUCAGAAGUUGGUUCUCAAUUAGAAAAGAGGAAUGCUGGUGUUGAGGGUUCAUAUUCCAAUUAACGUGACAAUUUUAAAGUAUGUAAAUAGGGACUCAGCAGUGUGCAGCUGAGGACUUGAUAACCUCAUUUAUUUCUAAACAUUUGUGUUUGAUAAAGUGCCUAAAUCUGUGGUGGUUUGUAUGGUACUAAUAUAAUACGCUACCGUUAAUGUCUGAUUUUGCUGUUCACAUGUUGAAGGCUACUCUGAAUAUGAGUUAUGGAACUUAUAUACAGGUAUCUUUUUUUUUUUUAAGGUAUCAUUUUUAAGAACUAAAAUUAUUUAAAUUCCAAUUGUGAUUUUUUUUUUAAGUAGCACAUGUACAUGGAUAAACAAUUUUAAUGGUAAAGAAUGGUACAAAGUGAAAAAUAUAUGCGCACUCCAUCCUCACUCCUUUGUCCCAGUGGAAGCCUCUGUUAACUAUUUCUUAAGAAAAAAGUACAUUUCCA